CUGCAACUCUCUAUUACUCUUCCUUUCUACCACAAGCACACUACAAAUAAAUUCUGGAAGGAAACAAGGCACUAGCAGUUGAAAAUUGAAACCAAAAGAAGCACAAACAGAAGCAAAUAGUCGGUUUCUACACUCCAGGAAUUUCAGAUUUUCCUUCCACCUGACAGCAGCUUCAACUCCCUCUCCUCAACUCCUCUGCUUAAGCCCCUUCACAACAACACCAUUCUCAGCAUCCUCAACCAUUAGAGCAAGGAAUUUAGGCCUCAAAUAGCCACCACAAGCUGCUGUGCAGCAGAAUUUCUGCAACAGCAGCUAUGGCAGCAGAAAAUUUUGUGACCCUCUUGGAUCUAUCCAGUUUUAUGCCUUUCAGCUUCUAUGAGGUCUUAAGCCUUUUCCAUCCUCAUUUUUAUCUUCCGUAUAAGGUUGGUUGAUAGUAGUUCAAAAGAAAUUGAAGAAAACAGCUGCAGGAACCGCAAAAAGAAACUGCAAACCGAACUAUAACAGCAAGCUUUCCUUCCCUCUUCCAUGUCUGGUUCUUUUAUUUUAUCUUUUUCUGUAAAGCAACUCAACCACGAGACAACCAAGAUUCUGUUUCCUAGCACUGUUAGGAAACUCAUUCACGGUCAACACUCACUGCACUCAAUCAACAACAAAACAGAAACUCCAUCACACCAAAAAACUUGUAGGUGAAGCAACAAUAGAAGCUUGUUGGUAUGUCAAACAGAAGCCUUAAUAGUAGUUUUCAUCACCAUAAACUUAGGCCAGCAACAAUAGCAGAAAUAUGCAACAGCUGCAGCAGGAAUUUUUCAGCUUUCAUACCUACACCUUGUAAGCUCCAAACCGAUGGUUUAAGGUCUUCUCUCUUAAACAAAUCCUCUUUCUUUCUUCUUAAGUGAAGUGUGACUAUUAUAUGAUAAAUCUCUAGUUAUAGCUGCAGAUUUAAGAGGUUUUAACAGUAGAAGCAAGUGAAAGCAGAGGGAAUCAAUGCUUGCUGCAGCAAGCAUUUUAUACAUUUCAGAUCUACUUUUUAUACUUCAACCUCGCUAAUUUCCUUAAGUUUUCAUCAUCAUCACUUUAUUUGUUAGCCACGGUAGAACAAGAGACAUUCGAAGCUUAUAAUUUCACCAAAUGGCAGUGGGAAACAUCAAAGGAAAACAGAAAACUCAGCUGCAUACUUGUCACAUGCAUACCUUUCAUUUCAGCUUGAUCUUCUAUGAUCUUUACUUGUCCUCUAUUCUAGUCACUUGUCACUUUUAGAUCUAUGUCUCAGGCCACCAUGAGAAGUGGAAUCAGUCACCAUUUCGACCUUUAGUAGAAAUAAGGCAGCAAUAUCAUGGACAAUAUCAGCAGAAAAUCAUGUUGCAGUAGCAAGAAAAAUAUUCAACCCGAUAGCUUCAACCUUCCUUCCUCUCAACUCUCGUCACCUUAGUCACUGAUUUACCUUGUUCCUCAAAAUGUAUCUCAGCCACUACAGCAGAAUUUAGAUGCCUCAAACAGCAAACAGCAACCUAUGAAAUUCAGCAAUGUAGUAGCAAAGAGAGCUGUCACCACAGGGAUCAUAGACCAGAUGAAAACACCCAAGUGUUGCAGAAACUCGUACAAAAAGCAAAAGCAAAAGAGCAACAGCAGUAGAAUUUCAGACCAUAUCAAGCUUCUAUUUUCAAACUUAGAACAGCUACUUACCCUCUCUUCUCCUCUGUUGUAAUUUCAACAUUAAGACAUCUUAUUACAACAUAAUGGAAACCAAACUAGCCAAUAUAGUCAUCCAAAAUUUGAGAAACAGCAGCUACAAAGGACUGCAACAGCAACAACCGAAAAUUAUGUCAGCAUUAACACCAAAAUUUCAGUUUUCGGGUAGUGUCAAGCCAGUAGUCCACAAUCUUUUCUUUUGGCAUCCCUUCUUCCUUUCCUUCUUAGUUUUAGUGUAUGAUAAUCUCUUCCUGAUCAAUCGUGAUCUAGAGCAGCAAGCAGAAGGACUUUGAGUUUCGGACAGCUGCAAAAAUCAUAAGCAAUAGCAGUUCAGCAAAUUCACAGUAGUUCAAAAAUCCUAGUUUCCUCUUUUUCUGAUAGUUUCAACCUCAUACACCCUUAGCCACUAAUCUACCUUGUUUUAAGCUACCUUAAGAAGAGACUCAGCCUCCUUAAUGGCCACUACAGCAGUCUGAAUAGUUCCCUUUCCCUGGUUCAAUUCUGGUCUCAACGUUUUUUCUCCAGACUUUAGUUCCCUAUAAUUUCGGUUAAAACCAAUUUGUUAUAUGGUAUUUUAUCAUUGUUUCCAUUCACCUCUAGUUUCUAUUUAUGGUCUAGUGAGUGCAUAAUUGAGGACGUGAAGUUUUGGGAGCCAAAAGAACAGUAGAAAGCAGCAUAAGCAUUAGUGCAGCAACGGCACCUGCAGUAGUUGCCAUGUGUACUUGGAACCAGCAGCUUAGCCCCUACCUUUGAGCUGUAAUUUCUCGGGUCACACUUUUUGGUUGAUAAUCCAAAACCUUAGUUCAUUUGGCUGCCUGGGAUCGAGGCUUUGAAGCUCAAUUUGCAACCGCAAAACAAAUAGCGUCGACACUUUUCCCCCGCCCUUUUCAGCAAUCCAAAAAUUCAUCAAUCUGCAUCGAAGUUUAUUCUGAUCAUAUCAAAUUUAGUAUUCAGAGAUUUGCUUUUUGGAAGGAGUACGUGAGCUAGCUAGCUAAGCUUUUCCACGAUGAGUGAUGGAAACGUUAUGGAUCAACAAGGAAUCUUUCUUUCUCCAUCAUCUCCUCAAACGGAAGUUUACUGGGACGCAAUCGAUGAUGCUGAAAAUGAGGCUAUUGAGACUUCUCACUUAGAAACUAAAAGGCAUCAUUUUAUCAACAAAAUACUGCGAUUACUUAUGCGAGUCCAAAAAAAUUUUCCAGAGACAAGAAGAUUUCAUUUUCUUGACACUUCCGUCCGUCUCUAUAAAGCCGCCCUAAAAGGUGAUUGGCCAGCUGCAAAGGAAGUAAUUGAUAAAUAUCCAGAUGCCGUUACAUAUUCCAUAACAAGACGGAAGGAUAAAGUUCUUCACAUCGCAGCUGCAGCAGAGCACACAGGUUUUGUAAAAGAACUGGUAAAACGAAUGGAUCAGGACGGAUUAGCACUGCCAAAUUUACAUGGAAAUACGGCCAUUUGCUUCGCUGCUGCAUCAGGAAUCGUGCCAAUUGCUGAGGAGAUGGUAAAGAAGAACAUAGAACUGCCAAUGAUCCGCGGCAGUAAAAGAAUGACACCGCUUUACAUGGCAGUUUUGCAAGGACGUAGAAACAUGGUGGCUUAUCUAUACUCUGUCACUGCUUUUAUACGUUUGACUCCUCUUGAACGCAUUGAUAUCCUGGUUGCUUGUAUUUCCAGUGAUUUGUAUGAGAUAGCAUUGAAAAUUCUGAAAGAUUAUCCAGAAUUAUCAACUAUGAAGGAUACAUAUGGGAAGAUAGCAUUGCAAGAGUUAGCUAAAAAGCCUUAUGCAAUCGGCAGCAAAAGUCAGCUAUCCGUCUGGGAAAGAUGCUUAAACUCCUGGUUCAGAGGGAUCUAUAACAAAGUUUUGAUGGGUACAAUAGCACAUCAAUUAGUUGAUCUUCUCUGGAAAAAUGUUCUACUAUUGCCAGAGAAAGACUUCGUAAAGCUGGUUCGUGGCCAUUCCUCUUUCCUUUUUGAUGCUGCAAGAUCAGGGAAUGUUGAAUUUCUUAUUGUACUUAUACGCUCUUAUCCCGAUCUCAUAUGGAGAGUAGAUGAGAAAAACCGAAGUAUAUUUCACCUCGCUAUUAAAUAUAGGCAAGAGAGUGUAUUCAAUCUAAUAUAUGAGUUAGGCUCUAUCAAGGGUAUCAUAGCACUCUGUACCGACCAAGACAACAACAAUAUGCUGCACUUGGCUGCUGAAAUAGCUCCUCCAGACCGACUAAAUACCAUAUCAGGAGCAGCACUCCAAGUACAACGAGAGUUGUUGUGGUUUAAGGAGAUAGAAAAGAUUGUUCAGCAUUCAUACACGGAGAUGAUGAAUUUAGAUGAAAACAAGAAACCUGCAGAUACUCCCUGGGAAUUAUUUACACAGACACAUGAAAAUUUACAGAAAGAAGGUGAAAAAUGGAUGAAGGACACAGCAAACUAUAGCAUGCUUGUGGCGACAUUGAUUGCCACUGUAGUUUUCACUGCAGCCUUCACUGUACCUGGUGGCAACCGUCAAGACCUAGGCAUUCCUAUUUUCUUGAGAAAUAAUUGGUUUAUGGCAUUCUUCAUAUCAGAUGCAAUUACAUUGCUCUCUUCCUCGACUGCGAUAUUGAUAUUCUUGUCAAUUCUCACGUCACGUUAUGCAGAAGAGGAUUUCCUUCAGUCAUUACCAGCAAGGUUGUUGUUUGGACUGACAGCACUUUUCAUAUCUAUAGCAGGCAUGGUGGUAACGUUCAGCGCAACCUGCUUUCUGGUAUAUGAUAGUGAAAUAGAAAGUAUUCCGAUUGUUAUAAUAAGUUUGGCUGGUAUCCCAGUUACUUUGUUUUUUAUUUUACAUUUUAGACUUUGGGCUGAUAUAUUCCGCUCAACGUAUGGUUCUAGGUUUCUUUUCCGACCACAUGAACGUAGACUUUUCUAGGAAGAAUUCAAUUAGGCAAUUGACUUGCAGAAAAUCCAAAAUGCAAGACAAAAGAAAAGGAAGGGGGAUUGUUAAAGGUAGUCAAUCGAUGUUGCACUAGGAUGGACGAAAAUAGAAUUAUUUCCAUCAAGAAUUCAAUUUGAUCUUCA